CACUGUGGCACCAUCAGAAGAAGACCCUGAGGUCAUCUACAAGCUGAAGAGAUGACUGUGGUUUCCGGAGAGAACGUGGAUGAGACGCUGGUGUCCCUGAGUGCCCUGGGUCAGGAAGGGUAUGACCCAGAAAGAGUGACCCAGGACUGCUGUGAAAGGGUGGUCAUCAACAUCUCAGGACUUAGAUUCGAAACCCAGCUGAGGACCUUGUCUCAGUUCCCCCAAACCUUGCUGGGGGACCCCAGGAAAAGGAUGCGCUUCUUUGACCCCUUGAGGAAUGAGUACUUCUUUGAUCGCAAUCGCCCUUGUUUUGACGCUAUCCUCUAUUACUACCAGUCAGGAGGUAGGCUCAGGAGACCUGUUAAUGUCCCUGUGGAUAUUUUCCUGGAGGAAAUUAAGUUUUAUGAGCUAGGAGAAGACGUGAUAGAGAUAUUUCGAGAUGAUGAAGGUUUCAUCAAGGAAGAAGAGAGACCCUUGCCUGACAAUGACUUCCAGAGACAGGUUUGGUUACUCUUUGAAUACCCUGAGAGCUCUGGACCUGCCAGGGGCAUUGCCAUUGUCUCUGUUCUCAUUAUCCUCAUCUCCAUCGUCAUUUUCUGCAUGGAGACCCUGCCUGAGUUCAGAGAAGAGGUCAGGUUGUCUGGAGAGCACAUUAUGAUCAAUGGAACCAAGACCUUCAAGGAAAGUCCAUUCACCGACCCUUUCUUUCUCACCGAGACCCUGUGCAUCAUCUGGUUCUCCUUUGAGCUCCUGGUGAGGUUCUUAGCCUGCCCUAGCAAGCCAGCUUUUUUCAAGAACAUGAUGAAUGUCAUAGACAUUGUAGCCAUCAUCCCUUACUUCAUCACUCUGGGGACAGAGCUGGCUGAGCAACAAGGAAACAAUGGGCAACAGGCCAUGUCCUUGGCUAUCUUGAGGGUCAUUAGGUUGGUUCGAGUGUUUAGGAUCUUCAAGCUGUCCAGGCACUCCAAAGGACUACAGAUCUUGGGGAAAACUCUACAGGCCAGUAUGAGGGAGCUGGGACUUCUCAUAUUUUUCCUUUUCAUCGGUGUCAUCUUGUUUUCCAGUGCUGUCUAUUUUGCAGAAACUGAUGACCCCGAGUCAUUGUUCACCAGCAUCCCUGAUGCAUUCUGGUGGGCUGUGGUGUCCAUGACCACUGUUGGCUAUGGGGACAUGUACCCCCUCACCAUAGGUGGCAAAAUAGUUGGUUCCCUGUGUGCCAUAGCAGGUGUGUUGACCAUUGCUCUCCCAGUCCCAGUUAUCGUUUCUAAUUUUAACUAUUUCUACCACAGGGAGACAGAUCACGAAGAGCAAUCACAGUACACCCAUGUCACCUGUGGCCAGCAACCUGCCUCUUUUGGGGAGCUAAAAAAGAGUGAUAGCAAACAAUCGUUUAAUAAAUCAAAUUACAUGGACUCAGAAGACCCUGACGAAGCAAAAUACCACCACCAGUACACAGAAAACCAACAUUAUCCAGAGCAAAAAAAGUUAACUGAAGUAUGA